AGUGGAAAGGUGGGUGGCUAGAAGUAAUUAUAUAUUACUACUGAUCAUUGGCAAACAGAAAAAUAAAAGUGCACGAAUCCAAAUCUUUGGAACAUUGAGGUACACGUCAUCUUAGUGGCCUAAUUUAAGAGAGGCCGGUUUGCCAUAAUGUGGUAUAUACAUAUGGAAGAUCUGAACCAUCCACUCCAAAAAAAUUAAAGCACAAAGCCAACUUCUAUUUUUCUAUGGAGACAAAUCUGAAGUGCAUUUUUCUCUCUCUUUCUUCUCAGAUCAGCAGAAUAUGAAUCUUCUGGAUGCCAUCAAAAGGAUCUUUUGUGAAACUGAACAUUAUUUGGACGUCCGGAUGGCUGGUGCCAGCACUGCCGUGUUGCCUCCAAGUCCUUGGAUACAAUCAAAAUAGUUUAAUUAGAAAAUGUAAAAAAUCAUGAAGAAUCUGGAAUAAUAAAACCAACAUCUCACGUGCACUUAAUCAAGUUAAAAUUCAAAU